AAAUAAGAUGCUGCUUUUCUCCUCAGGUUUACGGGAAAUUAACUCUUACGACAGGUGGAAUAAUCGCAGCUGAAGUCGGAUCUUUUCAAACUCUUUUUGGCUUCCACAGAACUUUCUUCCCUAAAUGACUAAAUGCAAAGUGGACAUUUGAGGUAAGAAACUCUUGGAGGGACGUAUGCAAUGACGUCAAAAUGGGAAAUCGAAACUGACAUGGAUUUCCCGAGUAAUGUUCAACAUCUGAUCGUACGGCACAAUCUGUAAAUAAAGUAGAGUAUUAAAGCAGCACUGACAAGCAAGUCCGUCUCAUCGUCCUGACGUCUGAAGACUUCGCUGAUAAACACAAGAAAGGUUAAGUUACAGAAAGGUACAUUGAUGGUUCAGGGUGUAUAGUCUGAUUGCAUCAUGGCCCAACCAAAACCACUCUUCGUGCCCUGGUUGUAUGAACAAAUCCAAAGUGGAAACUAUCCUGGAGUUUCUUGGACCAAUAAGGAACUAAGACAGUUUAGCAUUCCCUGGAAGCACGCGUUAAGACAGGACUCCAACAGUGCUGAUGUCCUCAUAUUCAAGGCGUGGGCUCAGACGAGCGCGGCUGGAGAUGGCAGGAUAAACGGAGAUCACUCGGUUUGGAAGAGAAACUUCCGUAGCGCUCUCCGUGCUAAAGGCUUCAAGAUGAUAAUUGACAGCAAGAACGAUUCCGCUAAUCCACAUAAAGUCUAUCAGUUUCCAUCUGAACCUCAUUCUGCAGCUUCAGGAUCUGAGGGCUCUCAAGAGACUGAUUUCUCACCAGAACUAUAUGUGGAUGAGAACGACGUGUUCUCAACACAUCCACAAGGUUUGGAGCAAGAUUUCACGGGACUAAACCUUCAGGAAAGUCCCUCAAAAGUUCAUGAAGUUUGGCCUCCAGAUCAGUUAUAUCUGGGGCUCGAGGAACAAGUACUCUUUCAAGAAACCAGUCAGUGUCAGGAAACCCAGUAUACCCAUUAUCAAGUAGUGGACCUUCAUGGACAGUUUUCUCCAGCUGAGGGUGCUGUUGGUGGUUUGGGGCAGAAUUCGGCAUCUGAGGGGGCGACGGCUGCAAGUCAUCAUUCGCCAGCUUAUCAACCAGAUGGUGAAGGUGUGGGUCAUCAGGAAAGCGUUCCUGUUCAAAAACUGGAGACGUUUUUUCGGAUUAAGGUUUAUUACAAAGGGAAGAUGGUGAAGGAACAGUUGGUGGAGAAUGAUGCUGGUUUCAGACUGAUGUAUCAGGGAAACAUGGACGAGGCCAGCGCAAUGGGCAGUGCUGAUCUACCAGUGGUCACACUACCUUUUCCAGAAAAUAUUCCAGAUCAGAUCCAGGCCAAGCAUACAAUUGAUAUUCUGAAUAAUCUGGGCGGUCUGGAGAUCAGGAGAUUGGACGGCGUGGUUUGUGGUCACCGUUGGGGAUCGAGCAGGAUCUAUUGGGGUCUAUGCAAACAUGAAAACAGCCAAACACCCAGAGAGCUCUCCAAAAACAAACCUGAAAACAUCUACUUGUUUAAAGAUUAUUUAUCAGGUUUGAUGAGCUUUAUUCAGAGAAGCCGUGAAUCUCCUUCUUACACUCUUUACUUCUUUCUGGGAGAGAAGUGGCCAGACCCCAAAAUGAAGCCGUGGGAGAAGAAACUCAUCAUGAUAGAGGUUGUUCUGACUUCACUGGAGGUUUUGAAUACAAUAGCUGUAUCAAACGGGGCGUCUUCACUGGAAUCAGUGGAGCUCCAGCUCUCUCUGGAGCAAAUGAUGGAAUUGUGUUAGAAAGUUCGACUGUGGCUAAGCAGAAAGACUUGACUACACACAUAUGUGGCUCCAAAAUUGAAAUGAUUUCUUAAACUGUUUACUUAGUGGUGACUUCAUGGUUAAUUGUAUUUAUUCAAGGUGUGUGGACUAAUACUGCAGAGUAAUUUCAAUAAAGGUACAAAGGAAUGAUCAGUGAUUCAGUAGAUAAUAAUAAAAAAAUGAGUUUACAUUUGGAGUUGUAUUUUAAAAGGAUGGAUUUCCUAGUUGUGUGCUAUCAUGAAAGAACAACACAAAAACAUUUAACUGCUAAAAUCCAAGUUUUUGUCUGUUUUUACACUACUAUAGUUUUCUAAUAUAAUGUUGUUGAUAUUUACAGUAUGUUCUUCAAUCAUUUCCUGACCUGAAUUUCAUUGUUGUUAUACCUUUGACAAUUAUCUGAAUGUGCACUGUUGUUCCAGUGACGUGGCGGGUUCCUUCCUCUUUUUCAGCUGAUAUGAACUAAGUAGCUUACACUUUGUGUCAUGGUUUCCGGUUGUGUAAAACCUGAAAAUUUCAGGGAUUUUUAUGUUUUUGUUUGAAAAGCAUGCAAGGUAAUAAGUCAUGGAAACGUGGCGUACGCUCUGUUCUAAAACAUUUCAUUGGAAAGAUAUUGAUUUUUAAGAAUA